AUGGUUGCUACGGAAGAGCUACAACUCAGUCAUCACACAGAUGAACGAAGCUACUUCAAGGAAAGCUCCUCGGCAUUGGAGCGUGAAGAUUCAACUUUCCGGUGGCAUUAUGGCGGCAACGGUGCGGUGCGGCGACGUAACUGCCGAGAUCGAGGAAUGUCACCGGUGAGAAACUCUGACACCGGCGGCGAUGAAGAAGAAUUGAACGCGUCAACAGAGUCGUGGAGAAACACGAUGCGAUGGACUCCGGCACGGUGCGGCGGUGGUGGUAGUGGAGGUCACGCGCGACAGUUAUCUGGUUUAGCGUUUUGUUUGAGUCCUUUGGUGCGUGCAAGCCCUAACCGACCGGAGGUUGUGUUUUCCGGUGAGAUUAGGGUUCCGGUGGUAGCUGGUGAUUGGAAGAGAGAUGAGGGAGUGUAUGUAUGUAUGUGA